AAAAAGGUCCGGUCCGGGUCCGAGGCGUCCGACACUUCGUUUUCUAUAGAGAGCAUCAGGUGAUCAGCGAUCCCCAUCGUAAAAACUUUGUUCAGGUGAUCACCGAUCACUCGUCAUAAAAACGAACUGUCGGACGCAUUGGCCCGGACCGUCCUAGCGUGAAACAUCCCUAAGAAGCCAAAAAAGAUCCCGGCGAAGACAAAACCUUCUUUUAGAAGUCUGUUAAACAACCCCCCUUAGUCAAAAAACGUGUACGUCCCUUUCUGACGUAUUGGUAUGAUGGAAAGGGACAAACGAUGAUUAGAGGCAUCGUAACUUUAGUACACGUUUAUGAAUAAGGGGGAUAGUGCUUAUCGAUGCAACUGUACAAGUAACAACUAGGCCUCCUUCAGCUUAACGGCACGUUCAGUCUCUCGCCGCCAUCCUGGCAUGUCGAGCGAAUAACUAACUGAUAAUAUUUAUAACAUGUAUAUUAUAUAUCUCGUCUGUUGUGUGGUGAUGGUGUAUGGCGAAGCGGUGCUGAAGGACAGCCAAAAGGAUGAAUACUGCACGGAUCCCCGCACAAUGAGGAAGCACGCAGCAUACACCGAAUGGGCAGACGCGUACUCCUGCACGCGACACCGCUGCCAGCCUGGUGGACGGAACCUCGCUAUAUACACUGUCGGAUGCAAGCGUGUGGAGGCUCCCGAAUCCGCCAUAGAAUGCGAAGAAGUGGUCGAGGAUACCAACAUGCAGUUCCCCUACUGCUGCACCCGACUCAGGUGCCUGGUGGUUGUCCGCGGCGAGGUCUGGACCCGUGUGUUAGGGCAGCCCUGGGAGACCCUGCCGGCGGCCCCCUGGAGCCACAUGUACAAGAUGAAGAAACCGCCCCCUGUUGACGGCAGCUUCUUACCAAAAAGCGGUCCGGUCGCAGGGCCCGUGUACGAGCUAUCGGAAGACAAGCCUGUGGACCGCAGAGCCAUCGCUAAUGACAAGGAUUGCGACAAGCCAGUGAAGAGGGCGUCAGCGUCGCCUGGACCUGAUAUAGUGAUUGCUCUGACGACCAACAAUGAGAAGAAACCCACUGAAGCCGAAAUACAAAGCAAGUUUCUGUCACGGGCGGACGAUUCUGACCAGCCCAAUGAGAUAGAGGCCGAGGAAGCACACAUAAUUACUGAGAAGGUUCCGGAGAUAAUUUCGGAGGAGCGAAUGUUUUCUCCAGAGAAGAAAACAUCGAGAGACCGCAAAUAUCCGGAGACAUCAGACGAUGAGAUGAACUACAAAGGAAUAAAAGAAUCCAGACCACACAAGACAUCUCUAUUCGCCCCGGGGGCGUCAUCUGAUGAGCAGUAUACCAAUAUGAACAAAAGAGGAAAAAAACAAAAGGUUGACGCAGUAUCUGAGGAACGUUUCUUUACGAAUCCCGAGAAAAAAGCUCCAAGAUCCUGGGCUCGGAUUCCUCAAGAGCAGUGGAACGCGAGUCCAAACACGCGCGCGCAGGCGCAACCCGACGCACGUGACUACGAGAAAGAACAUGAAAACCAAGUAAAGGUACAAUUGUUCAAGGCGGAGCAGCCCUCCAACGGCGAAUCAGAGGAGAAGCAGGAAGACAAGCCAGCGUCGCUCCAACACCUAGUUAAUGCUAUCGGGACGCGCAUGCGCGAUAUUGAAAACGUGGUCCAACAGAUGAGCGAGAAGGUGCAGCCUCCGAUAGAAAGCGUCGAAAGAAUGAGAGGGGAACGAGCGAAGAAAGAGGCUGAGCCGAAAGCGAAACAGGCUAAUUCUGACAACUAUAACAGGUUCCCUCCACAAGAAGGAUCCAGCAAAUAUCUCCGCGCCGUGGCAGACACCACCACCGAGGUCCCACUGUUCGUCGGAGACAACCUGAACGGCUACUUCAGUGACCCCAGUAACAACCUGCUGCGGAGGUCCAUGAACAACAAGGGCCCUAAGGAACCCCAUGAAACCUACAUGGUACCUAUAGAUACAGACCAUGCGGACCACAAGAAACCAUCGCCGGACUCGGCGGAACCAGAUUUCAAACACAAGAAGCGAAGCCACAAGAAGAAGAAAUCUAAACACGGAAGAAGGAAGCACAGAAGAGAAGAGAAGAAGUUCAGCAGAAUCCCAGAGGGAAAUGCUGUGUCGAUUGAAGACAGCAAUGACUUUGGUAAGGCAUGACUAGUACGGAGGUACCUUACUGGCGAAAUCGGUAGGAUCUUGGAUACUAAUCCGGUUACAGUGGAAACGGCCACGUUUUAUUGGAAAUAAAUAGAGUAAAAGAUAAAUAUUAAAAAAUAAACAGAACUAUAGUAGGUACGAGUCAAAAAGUUCGGGAAAACCGGCAUCUUUUCUGUGGACAUUACAAAAGUCUUAUAGUCACGGACGGCCGAUGACCUCCGAAAUUUGAAGAUCGGCAACGAUCGUCCCAGUAUAUAACGUCCGUCGACAGCAGCCAAUGGCAAUCCUUAAAAAGACAUUGAGUGACAAGUCGUACUGUAAUUUGAUCCUUAUUUAGAAAAAUAAAUCCUUUUACAAAAGUUUUUAAUAAUAAUAACAAAUCUUCAUUGAUGAUCCGCUUAGGCAUCCCUGCUCUAUUUAGAACGGACCUCUAGGCCUCAGCAAUUUGUAUAGUAAGACAUUCUUCAAACAACAUAACGUAAAGCUAAAAUAUGAAAGUUAUGCCUUAAUAACAGUCUUUUUUAUAAUGCCCACAGGAAAGUCUCAUAAUCUUGAAUCGUACUAAAAAGUUUUUCACCCGAACACAAUAGGCGGAAUUGUCGCUAAAAGCGAUGUCUUUCCAAAUAGUGUUAUAGCGAAAAUAAAUCAGUUUUAAAAUAGUACAAUAAGUUUAAAAUGUGAGUGACUUGAAUAAGCUAGCGAAUAGCCUUAGUCUGAAAAACCGGUUUGAAUAAAAACCGGUAAAAAUACAAGUACUAAUAUAACAGCCUGAAAAACCGAUUUGGAGUCUGGCCUAUGGUUACCAAAUUCGGGACACGUAUUUUUUUUACCAGUUGUCCCAAAUUGUAUCGCUAACUUUACGGGACGAGGCAUUUUUUUUAAAGAAUCAGGACAUGACACUGGUCCCAUGUCUGAUAUAUAAAAAAAAAGACAGUUCAGUCUGGUAGAGCCAGACAGACGAAGUUUGACGUUUCAAAUAACACUUGCACUGUAUGGGCUACUAAAAUCACUGGCAACUUAUCUUGGUCUGACUAUAAAGAUAUUUUUGUAAGGUGCAUUGGGGUAACUAAAAGCGCUUAUUUAAGGAAAAAUCCCGACGGCUUUCGCUAGUUUAUUAUAAAAAUUCUCUCUAUUUUUCCGUAGUCAUGUAAGGCGUAGUCGUCUAAGUUUAAGGCCUGAGUGGACGUUUGAGUUGGGGCGUGCGGCGUGCAUGUUAAACAAAUGCAAACGUAUAGGAGCGGCCUUAGUGCACGCUGCUCAUAGCGCUUGUGAGCCCGAUGCCACGCUGUACGCCCCGCCGAACGCUC